AUGGGGGACGAGGCUUCCUCACCACGCUGCGUAGCUCCAGCGGUGGCUUGUCGUCGUGGAGUGGCGGCGGAGAGGGAUAUCGACGGCGCGUCGGCGUGGUCGAGCUCGGCGGUAAGUGGCGGCGCUGCACAGUGGGGCAGAGGAGGCGUGAAGCACGGGGAAAGGGAUGAGGUGAGGAUCGGGUACGCCAUUUAUAGGGCUAGGAAGGGGAAAGGGGAGGCCAGGAGGGCGGAGGGCUCGACGGCCGGCCAUGAAGGCAGUAAAGGUGACGGUUACAAAUCGAGGAAGGAGGAGAGGCGAGGAACGACUCCACUGAGCCUUGAUGGCGAGGAAAGAGGGAGAGAGAAGGGAGGCGUGCAGCCGCGCGGGAAGGGGAGCAGACGGGUGGCGCUCGGGCACAGUGGAAGGAGGCGAGGCGGCGGGAGGUGGAAGAGGAGCUGA